CACAAGGUAACCACAAACUUCUCGUCCUCCACCGUGGUCAUGGACGUUAAACAACCCAAAACCAGUUUGGGCAGAGCACUCCUGAUCCUAAACUGCAUCGUCUUCGCCAUUGGCAACUGCGGCGGCCCACUUCUUAUGCGCCUCUAUUUCCUCCACGGCGGCAACCGUAUCUGGUUCUCUAGCUGGCUCGAAACAGGCGGCUGGCCCAUCAUUCUCGUCCCACUCAUCGUCGCCUACUUCCGCCGUCUCAAAACGGACCCCACAUCCAGCAGAAAGUUUUUUCUCAUGAAACCUCGCCUAUUUGUGGCAUCCGCUGUAAUAGGAGUCUUCACAGGCUUAGACAAUUAUCUCUACGCAUAUGGAGUGGCACGUCUUCCCGUCUCUACCUCUUCUCUAAUCAUUGCAUCCCAGCUGGCUUUCACCGCCGGUUUUGCUUUUCUCUUGGUGAAGCAGAAGUUCACUGCAUAUUCAAUAAACUCAGUGUUUCUUUUGACAUUAGGGGCGGGGGUUUUGGCUCUGCAUACAAGUGGGGAUCGACCAAGUGGUGAAUCGAGCAAAGAGUAUGUUCUAGGUUUCAUUAUGACGCUGGGAGCUGCUCUGUUAUAUGGAUUUAUUCUUCCAUUGAUAGAAUUGAUGUACAAGAAAGCAAAGCAAGAGAUCAAUUACACUCUUGUUUUGGAGAUUCAGAUAGUGAUGAGCGUUUUUGCUACGGCCUUUUGCACCGUCGGUAUGAUAAUUAACAAUGAUUUCAAGGUCGGUAUCCCUCACCUCCCUCUCUGACUUAAUUAUAUUCCAUAGUCUUCUUGUUUCUUUAUUUGGCAAAGAGUAUACAUACCAAUAGCAAAGGCAAUUUAUUCUUUCUUCUUCUUUCUCUCUUUUCAUUUUUCUUUUUUUUUUUUUUUAUGAGAAUAUAGAGGAUAAUUUCAA